AUGCCGGUGAAGAUGUACGAUGUGUCGCCGCGCGUCUUCUGCGCCAUGCAGAACCUGGACAUCACCCUGCUGGCCAGCUACCCGGAGGCGGAGAUCCGGCCCGUCCUGCCGUCGCUGGUGCGGAUGAGCCUGCUGUCGCCGCUGGACAACACGGAGUCGUCGAUGGAGUCGCGCAAACAGAUCCUGGCCGUGCUCAUUGGCAUCGAGGUGGUGAACAGCAUCGUGUCUUACCUGCAGGUCAACUAUCAUGAGCUGGAGAACGAGCUGAAGAAGGAGCUGCAGGCGCGCCAGAAGUCGGCCUUCUUCGAGGGCCAACAGCACGAGUAUGGUCUCCAGUCGGGCAUUGCUUUGGGCUUCGAGCGGGCGGAUGUGGCGCGCAAGGUGCGCGUGGUGCUCUCGGAGAUCUUCAAUCUGCAGCAGCAGGUCUCCGAGCAGAAGCCCGCCGCCCACUCGGAGAUGCUGGACGAUGGCAUCUACCUGGAGGAGGUGGUGGACAUCCUGUGCAUUGCCCUGGCCGAGCUGCCCUCGCUGCUGAACAUCCUGGAGCUGACGGACGCCCUCGUCCAUGUGCCCAACGGCCAUCGGAUCAUCUGCGCCCUGGUGGCCAACUUCCCCGACUGCUAUCGCGACGUGGUGUCCCAUGUGAUCGCCAACUGCGACGAGGACGGCAGCGAUGGCAAGCACCGGCUGAUGCUGCUCAUGGGGCUCAGCGAGAUGAAUCCCUCCCAGGCGCUGGCCAACCGGUCCAUGUGCGUGGACAUGCUCAAGGUGCCAUCGUACAUGCUGAAGCUCACGCUAAAGCAUCCCGAGGAUUUGAUCGCCUUCCUCACGGGCCUGCUGCUGGGCAAUGACCAGAACCUGCGCUCCUGGUUCGCCGUUUACAUCCGCUCCAGCCAGAAACGGAAGGGCGAUGCCCUGAAUCUGGUGCGCGUGGAGCUGCUGCAGAAGGUGAUCCAAACGACGACCAAUGCGUCGGAGCUGCGCGACUUCAAUCUGCAGGGAGCGGUGCUGUUGCGGCUGUACUGUGCCCUCCGCGGCAUUGGUGGUCUCAAGUUCAACGACGACGAGAUCAAUGCCCUGUCCCAGCUGGUCACGAGUUGUCCGCAGGCCACGCCCUCGGGCGUUCGGUUUGUGACGCUGGCCCUGUGCAUGCUCAUCGCCUGCCCCUCGCUGGUGUCCACCAUUCCGCUGGAGAACAAGGCGGUGGAGUGGCUGCAGUGGCUGAUCCGCGAAGAUGCCUUCUUUUGCAAGCGCUCCGGGACCAGCACCUCGCUGGGUGAGAUGCUCCUGCUGCUGGCCAUCCAUUUUCACAGCAAUCAGAUCUCGGCCAUCAGCGAGAUGGUCUGCUCCACGCUGGCCAUGAAGAUACCCAUCCGACCGAACAGCACGAACCGGAUCAAGCAGCUCUUCACACAGGAUCUGUUUACGGAGCAAGUGGUGGCGCUGCAUGCCAUCCGUGUACCCGUCACACCGAAUUUAAAUGGCACCAGUCCGGGCUACCUGCCGGUGCACUGCAUCCACCAGCUGCUGAAGUCGAGGACCUUCCUCAAGCACAAAGUGCCCAUCAAGUCGUGGAUCUUCAAGCAGAUAUGCAGCUCAGUGAGGCCAGUGCAUCCGGUGAUGCCGGCCUUGGUGGAGGUGUUUGUCAACACGCUGAUAAUACCCAAUCCCACGGGCAAGGUGAAUAUUGACCACAUGCACCGGCCCUUCACUGAGGCCGAAAUCCUGCACGUCUUCCGCACGUCCAAGCUUACGUUCUUCGCCGAAGAACUGCCACCGAUGGCCGAAAGUGACGAGCUGGCGCAGAUCGAGGUGACAUGUCCACUAACCGCGCAACUGCUGAUGAUCUACUACUUGAUGCUGUACGAGGACACGCGGCUGAUGAACCUCAGUGCUUUGGGUGGGCGCAAACAGAAGGAGUACUCGAACAACUUCCUGGGCGGACUGCCUUUGAAGUAUCUGCUCCAAAAGGCGCACAACUACCACCACGACUAUCUCUCGCUGUUCCACCCGCUGCUGCGGUUGAUCAUCUCCAACUAUCCGCAUCUCAGCAUGGUAGAUGACUGGCUGGAGGAGCACAAUUUGGCUCAGGGCAACUCUACCGUAGUGAUGAGCAAGCGUGAGCUCAAGCCGGAGCAACUGGAUCAGGCAUUGGCCGCCAUCCAGACGAAACCGCACCUGGCCAUCCGUGUGUUCAAGCAGCUGCUCCAGAUGCCGCCGGAAAUGCAGGCGCAAUAUGGCCAGCAGCUGGUGCAGCAUCUGCCGAUGGUGUUCGCCAAGUCGGUGCCGCGGUACAUCAAGGAUCUGUACAACGAUAUUUGGCUGCGCCUGAACGCAGUGCUGCCCACCACCCUAUGGAUAAUGUCGCUGCGAGCGAUUACAAACAGUUCGGAUUCGAUCAACCGCAGGACCUUCGCCAACGAGAGUUUGCUGGAACCCAUGGAGGUGUUGAGCUGCCCUCGCUCCGUGUUCUGCUCGCCAUAUCUGCUGAUGAUCCUGCUGCGCAUCCUCAAGGGCAGCCUGGCCGCCUCAAAGACCUAUCUCAACGUGCACAUGCAGCAGAAGCAGGUGCUGGACAAGAACGGCCUGGUGCAGACGGAUGCGGAUCGGGAGGAGCUCAAGACCACGCUAAUUGCCUCGCAGGAGAGCGCCGCCGUGCACAUCCUGCUGGAGGUGCUCGAGUACAUGGCCGGCAAGGCCUCCGAUCGGGUGUCGCAUCUGGAGCUGCGUGAGAUACAGGGCAUCAUUGGCACCUAUGUGCAUCAGGCCUUCAUCUCGGAGCCGUCGCUGGCCAAACUGGUGCACUUCCAAACGUAUCCGAAGUCUGUUAUCCCCAUGAUUGUGGCCAGUGUGCCAUCGAUGCACAUUUGCAUUGACUUCGUGCACGAGUUCCUCAACGUCACCGAGAUGGACAAGCAGAUCUUCACCAUCGAGCUGACCUCGCACCUGGUGCUCAACUAUUCGAUACCCAAGAGUUUGGGCGUCUCGAAAUUCAGCCUGAAUGUGAUCCAGACGACGUUGUCGCUGCUGACAGCCUCGGCCAAGUGCAAAUUCCUGCGGAAUGUGCUGCCGGCAAUGGUGCGGUUCGUGGAAACGUUUCCCAUCCUGGCCGACGACUGCGUCAACAUCCUGAUGACCACCGGCCGCAGCCUGCACUCGCAGUCGUCCCUCGGCGUGACCACCAUGCAGAUGCCGCUCACCGAGAGCGCCAAGCUGUGCUCGUAUCGGGAUGCCCAGCUGCACAUCAUCAUGAUCGAGGACGCGUUCAAGGCGCUGGUCACCGCCGUCAUGCAGAAGUCGGAGCUGUAUUAGUUGGAUUUGAUCCCGCCCCCCGCCUUGUUCUUCGUAAGCAUCCCCGCCCCCAACUCUCGUCACCCAGCUGAUUAUAAUAGUGCUUGUAAAAUAAUAACAACGACAGAUGACCGGAAUAAACAUUUAUUGCAAAAACCUGGGAGUAAUAACUAGGAAUAAU